AUGCUUUCACAUCCACCUCAGCGCCACCUUCAACAACCACAGGUGCACCUACACGACCACAGCUACUUCCACAACAAUCUCAGCUUCACCGUCGACAACCACAGCUGCACCAACGGCAACUACAGCUCAUGUUACAACUACAGUAGCUCCUACAACAACAGCAGCUUCAACAACAACCCCAGCUGCUCCCACAACAACCACAGUUGCACCAACAAUAACCACAGCUCCACCUACUGCGACCACAGAUACUUCCACGUCGACCUCAGCGUCACCUUCAACAACCACAGCUGCACACACGACAACCACAGCUCCACCUACAGCGACCACAGAUGCUUUCACAUCCACCUCAGCGCCACCUUCAACAACCACAGCAACAGCAGCUCCAACAAUAACCCCAGCUGCUUCCACAACAGCCACAGCUGCACCAACGACAACCACAGCUCCACCUACAGCGACCACAGCUGCUUCCACAACAAUCUCAGCUUCACCGUCGACAACCACAGCUGCACCAACGGCAACUACAGCUCUUGUUACAACUACAGUAGCUCCUACAACAACAGCAGCUUCAACAACAACCCCAGCUGCUCCCACAACAAACACAGUUGCACCAACAAUAACCACAGCUCCACCUACUGUGACCACAGAUACUUCCACGUCGACCUCAGCGCCACCUUCAACAACCACAGUUCCACCAACAAUAACCACAGCUCCACCUACAGCGAUCACAGAUGCUUCGACAUCGACCUCAGUGUCACCUUCAACAACCACAGCUGCACCUACACAUCACCUUCGACAACCACAGCUGCACCUACAGCAACAACAUCUUCUCCAACAACAGCCACAGCUGCACUAACAGCAACAGCUUCUCUCACAACAACCACAGAUGCUCCAACGUCAACAACUGUUUCUGUUACAACAACAAUGGCUUCAACAAUAACAGCAGCUCCAACAACAACAGAAGCACCAACAACAACCCCAGCUGCUCCCACAACAACCACAGUUGCACCAACAAUAACCACAGCUCCACCUACAGCGACCACAGAUGCUUCCACAUCGACCUCAGCAUCACCUUCGACAACCACAGCUGCACCUACAGCAACAACAUCUUCUCCAACAACAGCCACAGCUGCACUUACAGCAACAGCUUCUCUCACAACAACCACAGAUGCACCAACGUCAACAACUGUUUCUGUUACAACAACAAUGGAUUCAAAAACAACAGCAGCUCCAACAACAACAGAAGCACUAACAACAACCCCAGCUGCUCCUACAACCACAGUUGCACCAACAAUAACCACAGCUCCACCUACAGCGACCACAGAUGCUUCGACAUCGACCUCAGCAUCACCUUUGACAACCACAGCUGCACCUACAGCGACAACUGACACUUCCACAAUGACCUCAGCUGCACCAACGACAACCAUAGCUCCACCUACAGCGACCACAGAUGCUUUCACAUCGACCUCAGCCAACAGCAGCUCCAACAAUAACCCAAACUGCUUCCACAACAGCCACAGCUGCACCAACGACAACCACAGCUCCACCUACAGCGACCACAGCUGCUUCCACAACAAUCUCAGCUUCACCGUCGACAACCACAGCUGCACCAACGCUGCACCAACGUCAACAACUGCUUCUGUUAAAACAACAAUGGCUUCAACAACAACAGCUCCAACAACAACAGAAGCACCAACAACAACCCCAGCUGCUCCUACAACCACAGCUGCCCCAACGACAACCACAGCUCCACCUACAGCGACCACAAAUGCUUCUACAUCGACCUCAGCGCCACCUUCGACAACCACAGCUGCACCUACAGCAACAACAGCUUCUCCAACAACAGCCACAGCUGCACAAACAACACCUAAAGUUUCUCAUACAACAACAAUGGCUCCAACAACAGCAGCUCCAACAACAACCACAGUGGCUCCCUCUACAACAACAACUGCCAUAACAACAACAACAGCAACAACAAAAGCUUCUGUAACAACCACCCCUACUAGCCCUACCAGAACUACACCUAACCUCACAACAAUCACAGGUGCUCCAAAGACAUCCACAGCUGCAUCCACAGCUACCACAGCUGCUCCCACGACAACCACAGAUUCACCAACGACAACCACAGCAGCUCCCACAACCACAACAUUUACACUAACAUCCCCAGCUGCUGCUAUGACAACAGCCACCCCUACAACAACUACAACUGCUCCCACAACAACCACAGCAGUGCCAACAUCAACCACAGCAGCUCCCACUACACUCACAGCUUCACCAUCGACAACCACAGUUGCUGCAAAGAUCACCAACUCCCACCACACAACAACCAACGUUUCAGCCACAACAACCACAGCUGCUCCCGGCACGUGCGGAGCCCAGGCACAGGACGCACUGAACUGUCACAGCGCACUGGUGACACAGUGCGCAGAGCAGGCGCAGGAUACCCGAGGCCGAAACGGCGCAGCGGAGACCAAGAGCGCUGAGCUGGCACAAUCUGCCCUGGCUGGAUUCCCACUCUAG